AAUUGAUUUUGAUUGUCAGUUAAUUAUUACAUAAUAGUAUCAACUGAGUUGGGUAAGAUGUCGUUUCUGUUCGGGAGUAGGAAGACGCCGGAGCAGAUGUUGCGGGAGAACAAAAGACUGCUUGAUAAAUCUAUUAGAGAGAUAGACAGAGAGAGAACGAACAUGGAGCGGCAGGAGACUAAGUUAAAAAAUGACAUCAAAAAACAAGCCAAAGAUGGACAAAUGGACGCAGUGAAGAUAAUGGCCAGAGACUUAGUAAGAACAAGGGCGAAUGUUAAGAAACUGUACCUGAUGAGAGCUAACAUACAAGGAGUGCAGAUGAAGCUGACAACUAUUAAGAGUAGUACAACUAUGGCACAGAGCAUGAAAGGAGUGACUAAAGCUAUGCAGAGGAUGAACAAAAAGGUGAAUCUGCCGCAGUUCCAGAAGUUGUUAGCGGAAUUUGACAGACAGAAUGAGAUGAUGGACAUGAAGAGUGAGAUGAUCACAGAUGCGAUCGAUGACGCCAUGGGGGCCUCAGACGACGAGGAGGAGACGGACAAUGUUCUCAAUCAGGUGCUGGGUGAAUUGGGCUUAUCGAUUGGAGAUGGAUUGACAGCCGUGCCUAAUGAUUCUCUGGCAACGGGGGGCAAAGAGGCAAAUGGACCCAACAGGAUUGCAGUCCCAGGGGGAGCUCCGGCCGCAGGGGGUGGAGCUGCAGGCGGUGGACUCAACUCGGCUGAUGUGGAUGCUGACCUGGAAGCCAGACUGAGGAAUUUGAGACGAGACGGAAACGAUGAUUAGAUUAGAUUAGAUUACAUUUCUACUACAGUUUACUUAUUGAUGCUUAAAUCGGCGACAGUUGAUAAUUGCUGGAAGAACAUAGUUAAAGCACAACUUAGCAACUGUAUAUA